UACUAUAAAACAACUCUCUUGCUGUGCCUGCAGUUAUAAAGCUUUGGUCUUUGGCUUUCCGUUUUUUCAUGUUUGGUGGAGAAGAAAAAGCGUAGAGGGGAUUUGAGAAAGUGAAAUAUUUUUCUUUAUGUGGAUUUUUGGUUGGAUUUUUAAGGUGGUUUUUGCUUGAAUUUUGAAUUGAGAGAGUGAAAGAAAAAUGGAGAGAGAUUUUCUGGGUUUGAACUCAAAGGAAUCAUUGGCGGUGGUUAAGGAAGAGGUUAACACUGAUGGGUACAAAGAACUAGGUUAUAUUAAAAGCUCAGGGCUACAAUGGCCCUUUUCAAACAAGGUUUCUGCUGUUCCACAGUUGAUGAAUUUUAAUUUUGCUCAAGGAGAUAAAAGUAAAAAGGUUGGAUCUGAUUCACUAGUUUCCCCUGGGUUCAUGCCUAUCUCAACAGCAGAUGUUGCUGAAGUUCAGAAAUUGUUCAAUCACAAUAGGCAAGGUGGCAGUCCUUUCCCAUUGACAGCUUGUUCUGUUCAACAUGAUGUACAUCCUGUUCAAUAUCCUUAUGAUGUGAAGAUGUUUCCAGUCUCAAACCAGGCAAUUUCUGUUUCUAUGAGCAACCCAUUCAUGAAGAAUCAUUUUGCAACCACUGGUCAAAAUUUUCCCGUUAAUACUAAGAAGCCACAAGUACUUGGAGGAAUUCCAGUGACAACUCCAUAUACUAUUCUUCCCACCCUUGGUUCUGUUGGUGGAAGUAUUGAACCAUGGAAAAUUGUCAAGGCCUCUGGAUCACCUGCUCAAUUGACUAUCUUUUAUGCGGGUACAGUGAAUGUCUAUGAUGAUAUCACCCCUGAGAAGGCUCAGGCUAUCAUGUUCCUGGCUGGGAAUGGGUCCUCCAUGGCUUCUAAUGUGGCACAUCCAAAGUUCCAAGUCCAGACACCUAUUUCAAAGCCAGUUCAAGUUGAUAAUGUUCCUGCAAACCAGCUCAUAAAUACACAACUGAGCUCUGGUAUCUCAAGCCCUUUAUCUGUUUCAUCUCAUACUGGUUCUCAGUCCAGGAGUGGGUCCUCUGGCACUGAAGAACUGAUGGUAUGCAAGACCACACGAACUCCAACAACCCCUAUCAGCAAAGUGGAGCCUAAAAAAUUAGUGAAUACCAUAGAAUCUGUUGCUGCAACGGGCAUGAUGCCUUCUGUUCCACAGGCUCGCAAAGCUUCCUUGGCUCGAUUUUUGGAGAAGCGCAAGGAAAGGGUUAUGAGUGCAGCUCCAUACAAUCUUACCAAGCAGUCUUUAGAUUAUGCUACCUUGGAAUCCAAUGCGUGAACUUUGCUGUAAUCUCUGCAGCAGGGUUGUUCUCUCUGGGCAAGUAAUGAGGGAAACAUGAUCUAUGAUUCGGCAUUAGAAGGAAGUUAAUGCAAGUUUAUAUAGUGUGUGGUAGAAAAUGUAAGUAAUUGGCGUUUUGUAUCUCUAAUUAAAAGAACUGUAAUCCUGACUUUGCUUAAUUUCCAUCAACUAAGUUUAAUAUGUAGUUGGUGUAGGUUUAUUACCCUUUUUGUUUUCUUUGUAUUUAGUGUGGACGAUUUGCUACUUUGUAACCAUUCAAUUGAUGUUACAUGGUAGAAAUAAUACAAUACUAAGAUUCUAUCUCAUCUAUUUAGUUCUGAAUCAUCUAAUGCUUUGUUUUUCUUGCUUUAUUUGGAGUAAUCUUUGCAUUUUUUGUAACUAAACAAUGCAAGGUUAACUUUGGCAAGACUAUCCCUUUCAAUGUGUCUUAACAUGUUUAGAUUUUAAAGCUGUGUCCCAUUUUAAGGUCUGAUAUGGAUUUUGUUGAAGAAUGUUGAAUUGAGGUUGCUUGGCUGCUCUUAAGGUUGACAGCACCAUGGGAGGGAUUUUCACGAUGCUGUGAGGCAGUCAUGGUAUCAUCACGCUGCCAAAUGGACCUUAAUCUUUCCAACCCUAAUAUUCAGUUUUGGUUAUUUGGCCAGGCUAAGCCCUCGGCAACCAGUUUCAUACUU